CCACAAAUGGCUUCUUCUACUACAACUCUACCAUUAUGCACCAACAAAACCCUCUCUUCUUCCUUCACCAACACAUCUUUCGUAGCAAAACCCUCUCAGCUUUUCCUCCAUGGAAGGAGUAGCCAAAGUUUCAAGGUUUCAUGCAACGCCAACAACUCUGGCGAGCAUGAAAAGAACCUUGAAGGUCUUGACAGAAGGAAUGUUCUUCUUGGUUUAGGAGGGCUCUAUGGUGCUGCUAAUCUUGCACCAUUAGCCACUGCUUCUCCUAUACCACCCCCUGAUCUCAACUCUUGUGGUCCAGCCACGAUAACUGAUGGUCCACCUGUACCAUAUUUUUGUUGUCCCCCUAAACCACAUGACAUGGAGAACAUUCCAUAUUACAAGCUCAAUACUAUGACCAAGCGCCGUAUCCGUUCCCCUGCUCAUGCUGCUGAUGAGGAGUAUAUUGCCAAGUACGAACUGGCCACUAGCCGAAUGAGGGAUCUUGACACAAACACUACAGACCCUGACCCUCGUGGGUUCAAGCAACAAGCCAAUGUCCAUUGUGCUUAUUGCAACGGUGCUUACAAAGUUGGUGGCAAAGAGUUACAAGUUCACUUCUCUUGGCUUUUCUUCCCAUUCCAUAGAUGGUACUUGUACUUCUACGAGAGAAUCUUGGGAUCUCUCAUUGAUGAUCCAACUUUCGCUUUACCAUAUUGGAAUUGGGACCAUCCAAAGGGCAUGCGUUUGCCUCCCAUGUUCGAUGAUGAAUGCUCUUCUCUGUACGACGCAAGGCGUAACCCAAGUCACCGUAACGGAGCCAUAAUGGAUCUUGGUUAUUCCGGUGACGAGGUCCAAACAACUCAACUCCAGCUGAUGACGAAUAACUUAACUCUUAUGUACCGUCAAAUGAUAACAAAUGCUCCGUGCCCGUUGUUGUUCUUUGGUAAGCCUUACCCUCUGGGAACUAAUCCCAGUCCAGGGAUGGGAACUAUUGAAAACAUUCCUCAUAAUGCUAUCCACGCCUGGACUGGUACAAAGCGAUGUUCAGAUUUGGGUAAUGGCGUCAAGUCAUACGGUGAGGAUCUGGGUAAUUUCUACUCAGCUGCUUUGGACCCAGUUUUCUAUUGCCACCACGCCAAUGUGGACCGGAUGUGGUAUGAAUGGAAAAAAUUAGGAGGCAAAAGAGGGGAUCUCAUGGACGAAGAUUGGUUGAACUCGGAAUUCUUUUUCUACGACGAAUGCUCCAACCCAUGGCGUGUCAAAGUCCGAGACUGUUUGGACCAUACGAAGAUGGGGUACGAUUACGCGCCAAUGGAUAAGCCAUGGCAUAACUUUAAGCCAAUGAAACAGACCACAACCGGGAAAGUGAAUACAAGUUCACUUCCACCAGCCAACAAGGUAUUCCCACUGGCGAAGCUGGACAAAGUCAUUUCCUUUUCCAUCAGUAGGAAAAUUGAGAAAAAUGAACAAGAGGAGUUGCUGACAUUCUGCCUCAAGUUCGAUAAUAGCAAGAACCUAAGGUUUGAUGUGUUCCUCAACGCGGACAAGACUGUGAAUGCGGUUGAGCUUGACAAAAUAGAGUUUGCAGGGAGCUUCACCAACUUGCCACAUGUUCAUGGAAAUACUGAUCGUAAGCCUGCUACUUUCCAGCUGGCCAUCAAUGAACUGUUGGAGGACAAUGGUCUGGAAGAUGAAGACACUAUUGCUGUCACUUUGGUUCCAAAGAAAGGUGGCCGCUAUAUCUCCAUUGACAGUGCCAAGAUCGACCGUGAGGACUGUAAUUAAGUCCUGGUGUGGUGGCUAUGGUGCCAAAAUUAAACUGCAGUGUGCGUUUUUAUACGUUUUAUUUCUGUUAAAAUAUCAGCUAGAUUGUUGACUGUUUCUAGUUAUCAGAAUAAAUGUUUGUCUUCCACGUA